AUGUCUCCGACAACCUCUUCGGAUACAACAGGCUUCGAGGGCUACCCUGGAGCGAAGUACGAAAACUCGCCCUUUCCUGGUAGUCUGCCAUCAGAUCAAGCUUUGUUCCCUCCUCACAGCCUCACUCAAGGCCAUCACGUAUCGGCAUCACCACAAGCAUCUUUGUCACCACCGACACAUGCUGACUGGAUGGACAUGACUGGACCAAAUAAGCCACUGAAGUCGGCCGAUGUCAAACCCAUUAAGCCCCGUCAUCAACCUCUUCUCAGACGUGACACUCGUGAUGGCAUUCGCAAGAAGAACGCGAAGAUUCCCAUCCCUUCUGAGAUCACUUUGGAGAACAUUGAUGACUUGAUCGAGGGUUGCACUGAUGAGGAUGAGAUGAAGCAAUUGAAGGCACAGAAGCGACUUCUCCGCAACAGAGAAGCAGCCCUUGCCUCACGCCAACGAAAGAAGAAGCAUACGGAGAACCUCGAGCAAAAAGAGAAACACCUCGAGACCAAGUUACUAUCUCUACACCAGCAAAUUGACCAACUACGUCUGCAAGUCGAGACGGCUGAAAGUCAAAAGCAGUUCUUCAUCUCCGAACACAGCAAAGCACAUACCAGAAUCCAAGCUAUGCAGCUGGAAAAAGAAGAAUUGAUUUGCAACCACACAAAAGAAACUUCUCGCUUGCGUGGUCAGAUAAACUGGUAUCGUGAACAGCUUGAGGCAACGAGUCCACUCGCCCCAGCCAUGAGUGCCGCGCCCAGCAGCACUGGCUUCACAGACUUUAACCUAGAGAUGGAUCAUCUGGCCAUUGGAGAUCAACGAUGGGAUCAAGGUAUCAAUGUGCAUGGCAUCGAUGAUCUAGACUAUCUCGGCGAUACAGCUGAAUCUUUUGCCACUAUUCAGCCGGCAAAACGACAUGGUCAGCAACAAGAACAAGAGUCUUCUGUCACUCACAGCACAGAGCAACCCAUUGCUUCUGGAAUUUUGUUCAUGUUACUGCUCUGUGGUGCCUUUGUCGCUUCCCGAUCAUCUUCUACGGCAAAAGACACUGCACAAAACACUCUCAUCCCCAAAAUGCCUGAAGAAGUCAGAGCUGCAAGUACUGAGGUCCUCAACAACCUACUGAAGGAAAACCCAAACCAAGCAUCCCUAUUCCUUCCUGAGAUUUCUUCACACCGCUACACGCAGUCCUGGCCACGAUCUUCCAAUACUGAAAACCUGCAUAAACACUUGACCUCGCCUUCCGCACUCCAAGAAGCAGAACAAGCUUUUGCUAUGACACCCGAUCAAUACAACGCGCUGACCACUUACCCGCACAUGGACACUGUUGCCUCUGCCUCCUCCUCUCAGACUUUACGUCCCAAUCUUGCCGAGACUUUGGGAAGGAUGCGGGAAGCUAGGGGACCUAGUGCUGCAGAUGUAUACACACGAAGUUUGCUUUGGGAUACUAUACCUGAGGAUGUGGUCAAAGCUUUCAAGAGAGCUGUGGCGCAAAGACAUGAAGAUGAUGAACAGAUGAAUGAUGGCAAUGAUGGAUUAUGA